CUUUAUGAUUGUUUAGCUCGGUGAAUCCGUCGAUUAAUUUUAAAUUCACUCAAUCACAACGGCAAAAAAAAAUAGGUGGGACAGACAGGGUCGUAACAAAAAGUCGCUUCUGCAUGCUGGAGCCGAGGAGGGAGUGCACGGUGGCGGUGACCAUCACAUGUCGUGCAGCAGUUGCAUGGGAGCCUAAUAAGGAUCUUAGCAUCGAGCAGGUGGAGGUAGCACCUCCUAAGGCCGGUGAAGUUCGCAUCAAGCUCCUAGCUACUGGUGUCUGCCACACAGAUGCCUAUACUCUGAGUGGAGCAGACUCUGAGGGGAAAUUCCCCUGCAUCCUGGGUCAUGAGGGAGGUGGCACUGUGGAGAGUAUUGGGCCAGAGGUCACUUCUCUUAAACCUGGUGACCAUGUUGUACCCCUUUACAUUCCACAAUGCCGUAAGUGCAAGUUCUGCAUGAGCAAGAAGACCAACCUAUGCAGCGUUGUCAGGUCCACUCAGGGCGCUGGAGUUAUGCCUGAUGGAACAUCUCGCUUCACCUGUAAGGGAAAGACUCUCUACCACUUCAUGGGAACAUCCACCUUCAGUGAAUACACUGUCGUUGCUGAGAUAUCAGUUGCCAAGGUGAAUGAGAAGGCCCCAUUGGAAAAGGUGUGUCUGUUAGGGUGUGGUAUCACCACCGGUUACGGAGCUGCCAUCAACACUGCACAGGUGGAGGAAGGAUCGACCUGUGCCGUGUGGGGGGUUGGAUGUGUAGGUCUUGCUGUGCUCAUGGGAUGUAAGGUCAGCAAAGCUUCAAAGAUCAUUGCCAUUGAUAUCAACCCACAGAAGGAAGAGCUUGCCAGGCAGUUUGGAGCAACCCACUUUGUCAAUCCCAAAACUUUGGACAAACCUACACAGCAGGCGCUAGUGGAAAUGACUGAUGGCGGCCUGGAUUAUACGUUUGAGUGCAUCGGUAAUGUCAAUACCAUGCGUGAAGCUCUUGAGAGCUGCCACAAGGGUUGGGGCGUGUCGACCAUCAUCGGAGUAGCUGCGGCCGGUAAGGAGAUCUCUACCCGCCCAUUCCAACUCGUCACUGGACGCACCUGGAAGGGAACAGCUUUUGGUGGAUUCAAGUCCCGUGAUGGAGUGCCUCAGCUAGUCGAGGAGUACUUGGCUGGAACGCUCAAAGUUGAUGAGUUUGUGACACACAAUGUGAGAUUAGAUGAGAUCAACAAAGCCUUCAAACUGAUGCAUGAUGGAGAAAGUAUCCGAGCAAUUGUAAACUUCUAGAUAGUGUGCAUCCGAGACUUGAAGAGAGAUAUCCAACCUGCCAGUACAGUACCAAUCAUACUAAAGAAUCAUUAUUUGUUAUACCUCAGUUGAUCCUUCUUGCGAUAAUCAUUGUAUGAUUGUCUUUUAAUUUGGGAAUCAGUAUCCCACUUUGGAAUUAUACAGCUUCUCUUUAUGAAAAAAAGCUAACAGUGGCAUAUGGUUUACUAUUGUAUUUAGAUCAUCAUCAAAAACUUGAGGGGAGAGGGGCCAUCAUACAAUCAAGAUAAUAGGGAGAUAUUUCUUAUUAGGAAGAGAGCAGAUUGAUAUGAGAGAAAAGAAUACCGUAACCUUAAUCCAUCUCAGUAUUCUAUCAAUUUAAUUUUGUGUGUGAUAUCCUUCUGUUACUUGUUUGGAUUGUAUGUGCAUUUUAAUCCUUCAGAACACAUGAACAGAGCUCUUCAGUCUGCUAGAAUUGCAGAAACUGACCUGAACCCCUUUAUAUUUAAAAUUCUGCAGCUUGUGAUUUUACAAAAGUUAAAUGAUUAAUAUAAUAUAUUAUUGAUAUGAGAAGUCUUCAAAAAUAUUUCCUCAUAAAAGUAUGUUCUAUUUUCCUCAUUGUAUAAUUGUUCUUUAAACAAUGUGUGUUACAAUGAUUUAUCAUGUUAGGAUUUAAUCCAGUGAAGAAGUACUGAUGAUUAAAAAAAAUGACAAUCAAACAUGUUUGUAUAACAAAAUGCAUUAAUAUGAAGUUGUAAUUUUGUGGAAUUGAUGUGCCUAUGAAAACCGACUUGUGAAGUAUGUACUGAUGACUGUUCUUUCUUUCUUAUCAUCAAAAUAAAUGAUUAGGAAAUUAA